CGUCUUCAAUGCGCUUCUGGCCAAAAAUCGCCAAGUGCGAUUUUUUUUAAACACUUUCAACACGUCACUCUAUACAGCCCAGCUUUGCUAAUAUGCAUUUUUCCAUUCCCGAAUAAUUCAUAGAUUACACUGUUUUCUUUUUGCUAUUAUUCUCUUUCAACAAUCUUUACGCGGUGGUUUUGGUCGUUAAUGUAACUUAACACUUUCCCCCCCAUGAGGCAUUGCGUUCCUACGGUUCGCCUGUCGACCCCCUUCCCCUUCCAAGAUGCCAUGGCCGUGGCGCGAUCGCGAAACCAACGGCGACUCACUACUUCCAAUAUCAGUUCCCAGUAUCAAUGGAAUAGAUCGAGAUUAUGAUCAAGAUGGAGACGAACGAUCUAGGUCUACCUCCAGAAGAUCGGGCCAUGCCCGGACUACAUCUGCCCAGUCAAGGUCCAUAGCAGAUGGAUAUUCCUCUCUAACGCCGGCCGAGACGGCAGCCCGACUUCAAACCUCCUUAACAUACGGCCUCACACCUACCGAAGCUCUAUCACGAUUAGGAGACUUUGGCCCGAACGAAAUUCCCCACGAACCCCCCGAUCCGUUGUGGCUGCGAUUCCUAUCACAAUUCAAGGAGCCUUUGAUCAUCCUGCUUUUAGUUUCCGCGUUCCUCUCGAUUUUCGUGGGUAAUAUGGAUGAUGCCGUCAGUAUCACUAUCGCCGUGACGAUCGUUAUCACAGUUGGCUUCGUGCAAGAAUAUCGAUCCGAGAAGUCCAUUGAAGCUCUCAACCAUUUAGUUCCCAACCACGCCCACCUGGUUAGAGCACAGUCUACACGUCCCACACCUAGUACUAGAAAUUCAGGCUGGCCCCCAGCUAUUAGCGACCCGGAAGAAAAGACAUCUGGAACGGGAUCCGAGACACCAGACGAAGAAUUGUUAGAAGCUACGUCGUCCAAGGUUAUGGCAGCGCAAUUAGUGCCUGGAGAUCUAGUACUAUUCACAACAGGCGAUCGCAUUCCCGCUGAUAUUCGAAUUACAAAAGCCGCCGAUUUGACCAUCGAUGAGUCCAAUCUUACGGGAGAGAAUGAGCCAUUGAGGAUGACUGCCGAUGCACGAUUCCGUAGCGUCCAUACGCCUUCCGCAUUCGAGCAAUCCGCAUUGCGUCUUCCUAGCCCAUCUGCCUUGUCUCCUCCUUCAUACAACGAGGAGGGGUCCGGACAGGCGCGUGCCCAGAGAGUCAAUAAUAUCGCAUACAUGGGAACCCUGGUUAAAUCUGGCCACGGACAAGGCAUCGUUUUCGCUACCGGCGGUAACACUCACUUUGGAACUAUCGCGACAAGCGUAUCGGGAACUGAAAGUCCCCGUUCUCCUCUUCAGUUAAAUAUGGAUCUCCUGGGGAAACAGCUAAGCCAAAUAUCUUUCGGUAUCAUCGCCUUAAUCUCUUUAGUCGGGUUGUUACAAGGCAAGAAGCUUCUUGAAAUUUUCACCAUAUCCAUCUCGCUUGCCGUUGCUGCGAUCCCUGAAGGAUUACCUAUUAUAGUGACAGUCACCUUGGCUCUUGGCGUUCAUCGAAUGGCAAAGCACAAUUCCAUUGUUCGGAAAAUGCCGAGUGUUGAAACGUUAGGCUCCGUUAAUGUCGUCUGUUCUGACAAGACGGGAACAUUAACUAUGAAUCAUAUGACGACUGCGAAGAUGUGGUAUUUCGGUUCGAAAGAACCAAUUGAUGUCGACUCUGAUAACGAAACGAUCGAGAGAACACCGGAUACCGCUGCGUUGAAGAUUCUUCGAAUUGGAAAUAUCGCAAAUAAUGCACGCCUUGCUCAUUCCACCAAAUCUGUACUGCCAGAUUCCCAAGGUAGGGAAUUUGCGCCGUACACACGAUGGGUUGGACAACCAACUGAUGUGGCAAUGCUCGAUCUUCUGGACCGAUUUAAAGAACAUGAUGUGAGAGAUUCAAUUGGCCCUCGAACGGCCGAAACUCCUUUCAGCUCCGAGAGGAAGUGGAUGGGAGUGGUGAUUGGUGCACAACCUGGAAACAGCGAUAAGGAAUACGCCUAUAUGAAAGGUGCUAUAGACAGAGUGCUCGAUGUUUGUGAUACAUAUCUCACUUCCGAUGGUCGUGAAAUCAUCAUGGAUUCCGUCCGACGCCAAGAAGCAUUAGACGCAGCCGAAAGAAUGGCUGAGAGGGGACUAAGAGUGUUGGCUUUUGCAAGCGGACCAGUCACUAAAUCGGCACGGAGCAAAUCGGGACAUGGUACAUCCACGCGGAGUAACACCCCUUUUAAUAGAGAUGAGAGUCAAAGUCCCGGAUUACCGUACAGCGAGGAAUCAUAUAGGAACUUGACUUUUGCAGGGUUGGUGGGGAUGAGUGAUCCUCCGCGACCCGGAGUUUCUCGUUCCAUUCGCAAAUUAAUGCGGGGAGGCGUUAAGGUCAUAAUGAUCACCGGCGAUUCAGCGACUACGGCAUUGGCUAUUGGAAAAGAGCUUGGUAUGCAAAUUGCUACUCCUCGUGAGCACUUAUCAAGCCAAGUUGCGGUAAAACCGGUACUCACCGGUGAUGAGCUUGAUGCAAUGAGCGAGAACGAUCUCGCAGCCGCGAUACAGAACACAACAAUAUUUGCACGUACAAACCCAGACCACAAAUUGAAAAUCAUUCGAGCACUCCAGUCUCGCGGCGACAUUGUGGCCAUGACUGGCGAUGGCGUCAAUGAUGCUCCAGCAUUGAAGAAAGCCGACAUUGGUAUUUCUAUGGGUUUACAUGGAACCGAUGUAGCUAAGGAAGCUUCAGAUAUGAUCCUAACGGAUGAUGAUUUUUCCACAAUCCUUCGCGCCAUUGAAGAAGGCAAGGGCAUAUUCAACAAUAUCCAGAAUUUCAUCACAUUCCAGCUCAGCACCAGUGUCGCUAGUUUAGCUCUGGUGUUUCUCUGCACCUGCAUGGGGUUCAAGACUCCUCUGAACGCCAUGCAGAUUCUCUGGAUUAAUAUUAUCAUGGAUGGCCCACCAGCUCAAUCUCUAGGUGUUGAACAUGUGGAUCCGGACGUAAUGUCACGUCCGCCACGUUCUCGAAGCGAACCCGUCCUCACAAGAGCCUUGCUUCAGCGUGUUUUGACUUCGGCCGCAAUCAUCAUGGGGGGCACGAUGGUUGUAUAUACUCAUGAAAUGCUAGAUGGUGAUGUCUCCCGUCGCGAUACGACAAUGACGUUCACUUGCUUCGUGCUAUUCGACAUGUUCAACGCGUUAACAUGUCGAUCAGAGAGCAAGUCCAUAUUCAGGGGCGAAGUGGGUCUAUUCUCGAAUAAACUAUUCAAUUGGGCGGUAUCCUUGAGCUUAGCCGGCCAACUCCUUGUAAUUUACUUCCCAUGGCUACAAGAGGUAUUCCAGACGGAAGCGUUGGGGUUGUUUGAUCUUAUCAGGCUAGUCGCUUUGGCGAGUUCGGUGUUCUGGGCGGACGAGGCUAGGAAAUGGUACAAAUACGGGCGCAGGAGGUUGGGCGGAUACAGUCAGGCAGUGUAGAGAAAGUUCUAAAGAGGUGAGGUGUGUUGGUAUUCAUCAUCGACCUCAAUUUGUCUUACUUAUACGUAGAUGUAUAGGAAUAACCGCGUUGGGUUACGCGGGUAAAUUAUGUAAAUCUAUAUUUAUGAACAUAUAUGAGCGUUCUAAUAGACGCAUUCUGACACAUGAGA